CCAGCGAUUGGCUGCGACUGCGCGAGGCGGGGCCAGCUCGGGCGGCGGCGAGAGGGGCCGGAGCAGCUCAGUGCCAGCCGGGGAGGGUCGAACCCUGAGCGGGGACUGAGCGCGGGGUGUGAGAGGGUGGGCGAGGGGAGCGAACCGGCGACGGGCGGACCGGCUGCAUCAGGAUGUUCAGCUGGAUGGGGCGGCAGGCUGGCGGGCGCGAGCGCGCGGGCGGCGCGGACGCAGUGCAGACGGUGACUGGGGGCCUGCGCUCGCUCUACCUGCGCAAGGUGCUGCCGCUGGAGGAGGCGUACCGCUUCCACGAGUUCCACUCGCCAGCGCUGGAGGACGCCGACUUCGAUAACAAGCCCAUGAUCCUGCUGGUGGGCCAGUACAGCACGGGCAAGACCACCUUCAUCAGAUACUUACUGGAGCAAGAUUUCCCAGGCAUGAGGAUUGGCCCAGAGCCCACCACCGAUUCCUUCAUCGCUGUGAUGUACGGGGAGACUGAGGGCAGCACCCCAGGCAAUGCUUUAGUCGUGGACCCCAAAAAGCCCUUCCGAAAGCUUAGUCGCUUUGGAAAUGCUUUCCUGAAUCGAUUCAUGUGCUCCCAGCUGCCCAAUCAGGUCCUGAAGAGCAUCAGCAUCAUCGACAGUCCCGGCAUCCUGUCUGGGGAGAAGCAGCGCAUCAGCCGCGGCUAUGACUUCUGCCAGGUCCUACAGUGGUUUGCAGAGCGAGUCGACAGGAUCAUCCUGCUGUUCGAUGCUCACAAACUGGACAUCUCAGACGAGUUCUCGGAGGCCAUCAAGGCCUUCCGCGGCCAAGAUGACAAGAUCCGCGUGGUACUGAACAAGGCCGACCAAGUGGACACGCAGCAGCUGAUGCGCGUCUACGGGGCCCUCAUGUGGUCCCUGGGCAAGGUCAUCAACACACCUGAGGUCCUUCGAGUCUACAUCGGCUCUUUCUGGGCACAGCCCCUACAGAACACUGAUAACCGCCGGCUCUUCGAGGCCGAGGCCCAGGACCUCUUCAGAGAUAUCCAGAGCCUUCCGCAGAAGGCGGCCGUGCGUAAACUCAACGACCUCAUCAAGCGAGCGAGGCUGGCCAAGGUACAUGCCUACAUUAUUAGCCACCUGAAGAAGGAAAUGCCAAGUGUAUUCGGAAAGGAAAACAAGAAGAGAGAGCUUAUCAGCAGAUUGCCAGAAAUCUACCUUCAGCUGCAGCGAGAAUACCAGAUUUCUGCCGGGGACUUCCCAGAGGUCAAGGCAAUGCAGGAACAGCUCGAGAACUACGACUUCACCAAAUUCCACUCGCUGAAGCCCAAGCUGAUCGAGGCAGUGGACAACAUGUUGAGCAACAAGAUCUCGUCCCUGAUGCACCUCAUCAGCCAGGAGGAGAUGAGCAUGCCCACGCAGCUCGUGCAGGGCGGCGCCUUCGACGGCACCACCGAGGGCCCCUUCAACCAGGGCUACGGGGAGGGUGCCAAGGAGGGUGCCGAUGAGGAGGAGUGGGUGGUGGCCAAAGACAAGCCCGUCUACGACGAGCUCUUCUAUACCCUGUCGCCUGUCAAUGGCAAGAUAUCGGGCGUCAACGCCAAGAAAGAGAUGGUGACAUCCAAGCUGCCCAACAGCGUCCUGGGCAAGAUCUGGAAGCUGGCAGACUGUGACUGUGACGGCAUGCUGGACGAGGAGGAGUUCGCACUGGCCAAGCACCUCAUCAAGAUCAAGCUCGAUGGCUACGAGCUGCCCAACAGCCUGCCCCCCCACCUUGUGCCCCCCUCCCACAGGAAGUCCCUGCCGAAGGCCGACUGAGGGGUGGGCCGCUCACAGGGCAGGCAGCGGGGGGGUAGGCAUCAGGGACCUGUGCCUGAGGCCCGUGCCACUGCUGACUCACUGACCCUAGCCAAGGCACUGCCCUCUCUGUGCCUCAGUUUCCCCACCUAUGGAAUGAGGAGGGCACACACUGGACACUAGAUGAGGUUCUUUCACCUUUAAAAUUCCCUGAGUUUCUAUUAAAAUAUUGGGAGGAGGGUGUGGAUAAGGAGAUUGAAGGGUUAAGAAAAAAGAGAAAUUGACCAAAGAGUACUCCGAGGCCUGGAGAGACCUAGACGUGGAGGCGGGCUGUGCACAGCCAGACAGCCACAGAGUGUGAGCCGGGGGCUUUUCUGGAGCAGGGGGAGCCUUCCGCACUGGACCACAUCAUUGUGCACCUGCCUUGGCCCCUGUCUGUCCCUUAGAGGGCACCCAGAAGGAGCAAAGUUGAUCUUAUUUAUUUCAUUUCCUGUUGUAUUGAGAGUGGAAAACAGCAGAGCACAGAGCGUUUCUGCUCUCUCCAGACCGCCUACCAAAGAGAAGACUGCUUCCCCUGGGUGUGAAAGGAGAGUCCCCUUUGCCUGUGUGCACCCCCGUCCCUCCUGCAGGCUCUAGCAGCACAGGCAACCAGGCCAGCAGAGAGCAUUUGUGACACCCGACACCCCCCUGACUAGCCCACCCAGAGCUCCCCCAACCUGGGCCCUUCCCAGCAAAAUUGCAUUUGGUUAGGAAUUUGGAAAUCAGAACCUUUAUUAGCCCUUGGCAAGAUUUCUAGUAUUCAAAUCAUGCUGGAGUCUGAAGGUUGGCUUUUCUUACUGGUCUGUCCAGUAAUUUGUAGCAAAGUCUAUUUAUCAUAUGCAAACUAUAGUAAAGGAAUGAGGUGGUUCUCUGUAGUCAUCAGUUAGUGUGGUGAAAGGUCCCCAAGGCCCCUUGGACGAUGGCAGGAUUUAAAUUCAGCAAAACCAUGUCUUGGUGCCUGCAGCUUGCUCGGUCUAGGGACACAAGGGAACGAGAGGUGAGCUUGCCCCAGGGUGUCAGGUAGAAAAGGUCAUUCUCUAGCUUUAGACGCUAUUUUUAUAAAAAAAAAAAAAAAGAAAGAAAGAAAUAGGCAUCUUUAUUAUGUCCAGUUUUUCUUUCUUACAGGAAAAGCCUUUAUACAAACAGGAUGGCAUCUUUCAUAUGAAACCUUUUUCUUUAAAAGGCUGUGAGGUUCAAACCAUGCAUGCCCCUCACAAGGCAGGAUUGGGGCACAUCCCGCACGUGGGUUCCUGAGUGUUCUGUCUGAGUCCUGGUAUAAACCUCUCUGGUCCACACACUCCACUGCCUGUCAGAUGGAAGUGGUUAAUGCUCACCACCACCUUCCCUCCUUCGUGGGCUGCAGUUUGGGUAUUCAUUUCAUCAUUAUUUACGCAAUUAAAAAAAAGAGAGGCGCAAAAUGGUGAUGGCUGCACGGCAUGGGGCCCCACCAGCACGGAAGUGAAAUGAAGUCAGAACAGUCCCGCCUGAGCCUUCCAAAAACCACAUUUUGUUUUUCUGAUGUUACCUGUGAUAUCAGGGUCAGAAGUGCAGAAUUAAGAGUCCAUUUUUUUUUUUUGGGGGGGAAGUAUUUAUCCAGAUGCCAGCCCUCGCACUCCCUAGUUCACUUUUUAAAUAAUGUCAUCUUAAGAGAAAUAAACUCAUAAUAUGAUUUUUAGUCUUAAUGAGCACUUUUAAACUCAUUAGAAACAUAGAGGUUUAUAAUGUCACUACUCUCAUAUUAGCAGAUGGGUUGGUGAACGCGUGAGGACUGCCCCAGGGUGUACCCACAAGGGAGCCCACCAAAGGGCAAAACAGAAAAGAGAGAAUUCAUUGGUCCAAAGGUUUAGAGGUGCCAAGGUUAGCUGAUUUUCCACUCAGAACUAUCCUGCUCCUUUAAUCUUCUCAGUUGUCAUAUAUAAACACAUACACAUACAUACACCACAUGAGUAUGUGUUCUUGACACUUGUCAACAUGCAUAUAUGCAGAUAUGGCCAAGUGUCGUCUAUGGAGAGACAUACGGGAAAACUAUAUUAGAGGACCAGCAGACUGAGGUGUCUGCUUUCUACAGGAAAGGAAACUUCUCUUGGUGGUGGUGUGAUCCCUACCCCAUACGCUCAGGUGGGACAACAUCAGGCAGCUGCAUGCUUUCCCUGCUGAGAAAGAAAAAAGAAAAGAAGUCACAUGCUCACUUUUCUUAACAUCUCUUACAACAUGAAGUCAGUCAUCACGAAGAGUUGAUUGGAAAGAGCAAUGUCCCUGGAGGACAUUAGGGAUGGCUGCUAAGGCUGAGGACCCGUAUCUUCCCAGGACCUGCACAAAGUUCCCGGAGUCUGUGUCCAGAACCUCUCCUCGUGCAGCAGGGCUGGGGGACGGCAGAGCCCUCCCGAAUCUGUUCACACUGACCCAGCACGUGGCCCUC